AGUUGCCGUGCCUUGGUUGCCGCCGGGAACUCGUGGAGCUUCAUUGCGAUGCGCAUGGGUCGCAUGCGGGCGCGGCAAUCUCGCAUUCCGCGCGCGCAAGGGUGCAAUCUUUGCUGUCUGUGGCGCCUGUUUCAGGCAGGGAAUUCAGCGCGGUGGCCGUCGGCGGCGCGGCGGAGCACGGCUGGGACCAUGCUGCCAGGAGAAGUUCGCGCGGCCGCAGCGAAGCUGCAUCUGGAGGGCCUCCUCUUCGUUUCGACGUUGCGGUGCCAAAAUGCGGCGUCCACAGCUUGGGCUGCACUGCCCGCUGUUCUUCUCUGCAGGUGGCCGCUGGUGCCGCGUCGCCGCUCGGAGUCGCUGCGCUCCUCAGUGGCGGCCGGCCCCGCGGUCGGGGCGGCGGCCGGCGUCGGAGGAGAGGCCGGUGCCCGAUGGCCGCUGCCGCGGAGGACCUCCGAGCCGAGGGCGCUGCCGCGGCCGCCUCGCCCCUCGGCGCCGUCGCAGCCCCGCCGGCCCGCCGGCCCGCGCCGCCGAAGGGCGGCGGCCCAGCGGGCCUGGCCGCCACGCCGGGCUUCGAGGGCCUGGCCGAGGCGCUGUCGGAGGUGAAGCUGGCCAGGGAAAGGCUCCACGCCGUGGUGUCGACGGGGAGGCGGCUCGCGUACGUGGCGUGCGCCAGGUUGCAGCGCUCGGACUUCGCUGGGGCGCGUGCCGCGCUGGACAAGGUCGAGGCCCUGCCAUCGCUCAGCGAGGCGAUGGCGCCCGAGGAGUUGUGGAACUGCACCGAGCGGCGGCUGGUGCUCUGCGGCGACUGCAGCUACAGCAGCUUCCUCGCAGGUUUUCUGGCGGCCCAGGAGAGGCUUCCUACGCUUCCUGGAGGAGGGCCGGCUCGCGCCCCACAUCCCCGAGAGGUGGCAGACGCGCAUCCCGGA